AUGGGGGUCUAUAUACUUUUGUUAACGUAUUUUUGUCAGUGUACUCCUUAUACUUUAUUACGUUUGUAUUUCGGUUUAAACUUAAACAUUUUUUUGUUAUUUGAUGUCCGAAGUGUUCAGCAUGUUUAUUUUUGGAUGUCGCGUUAUGCCGACAAAAAAUCAUUAAUUCGUAGAUUUGGUUACCAUACACUCUAUUCUUUGCCAAUUGUAAAUUGCCAUCCAAAAAAUAAUCAUGAAGCCAAAUACGAAUAAGU